AUGCCGAUUGAGGCCCUUCCUCAGACCACAAUUCGGGCGAUCGGCUCUACAUCUGUUAUCUCAGACGCCUAUUCUGUGGUCAAGGAGCUUAUUGACAAUGCACUGGACGCGUCAGCCUCAUCAUUGCAAAUAGAAAUAUCCCAAAAUACGGUGGAUGUCAUACAGCUGAAGGACAACGGCUAUGGAAUCUCUUUAGAGGACCAAAAGCUUGUUUGCAAGCGAGCCUUUACGAGCAAGAUACAGACUCUAGAUGACCUCAAAAAAGUUGGUGGGUCAUCAUUAGGCUUUCGGGGGGAAGCCCUGGCUAGUGUUGCAGAAAUGUGCGGAGUCAUCAGCGUCACCACGCGAGUUAAAUCCGAGGUUGUUGGGCAAUGUAUGAAAUAUGGAAGGGGUGGAGAAGUCACAGGGCAAGCAAACAAAAUAACUUUGAUCUCGUGGCUUUUUCUGACUUUUACAAACAGAGCACAGCGGAUCUCCCACCCAGUGGGAACAACUGUCCGGGUCACAGAUUUUCUCAAACACAUCCCUGUUCGCAAGCAGUCUACAUUGAAGAGCGCUGCAAAAACCCUGGCGAGGAUAAAAAGGCUUCUCCAAUCAUAUGCCAUAUCACAGCCAUCAAAGAGGCUAUCGCUCAAAGUCCUUAAAGCAACUAAUGAGAACAACAAUUGGUCCUAUGCACCAAGCGCAGAUCCAUCGUUCUCGGAUGCGGCUCUCAAAGUAGUCGGCAGGGAAAUAUCUUCUUCUUGCGUCUUGAGACGGCUUUCUUCCGAAGGUGCGAGCGGGAAAGAAAAUGAAUCAUUGGACCGGGAACAAUAUGAAGCAGUCGCCUUUCUUCCCAAUACACAAUUCGAGACUUCCAAGAUCAACAAUGCAGGCCAGUAUAUUAGCGUGGAUGGCCGUCCCUUGUCUACCAGCAGAGGGAUUGCACAUGAGAUUGCUAAAAUUUUCAAGCAAUAUGUUCGUGUGGCCGCUUCCAAAUCCGAGACAAGCAAAUCAAUCAGCGAUCCAUUCAUGUGUUUGCACAUUCUUUGCCCUCGGGGAACUUACGAUGUGAAUGUUGAGCCGGCAAAGGAUGAUGUCUUGUUUGAGGACCGAGAUUUGGUUCUAAAUUUGAUAAAUGGGUUGUUUCGCGAAUACUACGGAGAAUUGGAUGGUGCAGCGAAGAGCCUUCCUAAACAAAUCAAAGAAACUGCUUCCAGCUGCGACCAAGUCUCUGCCGGAUUCGAGCUGCUGAUGGCGAGGAAACCAGCUACACAACUCCCUCGUGAUCCUGCAACCCCUUUCAGGGAUGAUAUACGAAAUAAAUCAAUUUCACAGAGAUCGCUUCAUUCCGAGAAUGACAUCUUGCCUGUGGAGAUCUCCAGCAGUGAAGCGCUUGAAAAUUCCGGUCAAGCAGAUACCACAAAAACAAAGCGCUCUAGCUUCGUCAACCCAUGGUCUAUCUCCAGAAUUAAUGCCUCGUUUCAAACGCCGAGAAGCGAGAAAAUUUUGCUCAAUAAUUCAAGUCCCGUUGGUCUAUCAAGUGGCAGCCUGCAAGGGUCUAUGGGAAAAGAGACCGAACCAAGAAGUCUCCAGCAUUCGCCCAACACCACAAACCUGCCAAGCCCUCCCACUUCUAGAUUAACGUUCGGAUCACCGGUGAGACACCGUCGGCAACAAGUAAAAGGAUCGCUUGAUUCCUCCCCGGAAAGCAGGCGCAUGUCAAGUGGCCGGCGCGCUGAGAGGGAGCGUGCUCGAGAGCGAUAUGGGAAUGGAGCUCUUGACACCGGGUUCCAGAAAACCACGCAAACCUCACUGCAGCAAACUCCCGUUGAGCAUAUUCCAAGCCAAGACCCGAGUGAAGACUUGUCUGAAUUGUCACUUUCUUCGCUCGCCCAAGAACGGUUUGGCUCGCCCGCUAUCGCGUCACAUGAGGGCGGACAUGAUGAUGAACGGAGCAGUGCUUGCUCUGAGGCUCAUUCCAUGGGAGGUUCUCCACUCGAACCUGCUCAGCUUGAUACCUUCCUUUCAAAUAACCAAGAUGCAGAGGCUCCCGUGUCGAUGGAUAGUGGCCGAGGAUUCCCGGUCCUUGAGAGAUGGGCCGCCCAGCUUCACGGGGACAACAACCACGAGGAACCAACUGAUUUAGAAAGAGCACUAGAUUUCGAAAAGAGAAAGAAAGAAGCCAUUCAAAACAAGCGCUUGCAACUGAAAAACAGAGAAAGACCGUUAAGCUCGCAUCCUACACAAAUAUCGAAUCCUACUCACAGCAGUCGAUAUCUCGCCGCGAAAGCCGCGUUGACAUCAUCGCAAUCCUUGGUAGGAGAGCCUGUUUCUGCAAUCAAGAUAUCUUCUCAUGAUUCACGGGCGUAUCUCAUGCGCCAGCAGGAGGUUUCCUCGGUUGACGAAACCUCGGCGAAUGAUGCCAAGGGCCGAAGGCCACUCACCAACCGACUACCGUUUGAACGGAUACCCGAUGGCUCAAACCUGCAUGAUGUAGGCACAACGUGCCAAGUUGACUUGUCUCCCGAGUCUGAAAUUUUCAGAACGCACACAUGGGAGGAUUUAUACAUCCAAACUGGUGAUGAGGCUACUGCGUUUUCGUCAUCCGACAUGGAGGAGUGUAUGCCCCUCUGGAAUGAACGGUUGGCAAUUAUCUUGAAACAGCAAUACCAAUCUAAGGAUACCUCGCUGUCACCAAGCUCUAAAAUCGAUCUUUCAUCCAUUAUAUCUCAACACUUAAGGGACUUUGAUGAAAAAUGA